UGCGCCGAUGUCCCGGCGAGUCCCGGGCUGAAGGAGGCGGCUCUGGGCGGCGCGGAGUGCUGUGGCGGGCCGGGGCUGCGGCGUGUGCACGCUCGCCAGCUGUGCCGGGGAUACGGUGAGGGCCGCGGACUGCGGAGCCGGCAGUGCUGGAGGGGGCGGUGUCUUGAUCUUAUCAAAAAUUUCAGCUGUAGCACUUGGACUAGAAGCUGAAACAAUAGCAGCUGUGUACGAUGCAUUAGGGUAUUGAAGAAAAUUAAUUUUUGAAUUAAAUAUUUGGAACAUAAGGAAAGGUGACUGAAAAUGGGGCGGAAGAAAAUACAAAUCACACGCAUAAUGGAUGAAAGAAACCGACAGGUCACUUUUACAAAGAGAAAGUUUGGGUUGAUGAAGAAAGCCUAUGAACUUAGUGUGCUCUGUGACUGUGAAAUAGCACUCAUCAUUUUCAACAGCUCUAACAAACUGUUUCAGUAUGCCAGCACUGAUAUGGACAAAGUUCUUCUCAAGUAUACAGAAUAUAAUGAGCCUCAUGAAAGCAGAACCAACUCGGAUAUUGUUGAGGCUCUGAACAAGAAGGAACACAGAGGGUGCGACAGCCCAGACCCUGAUACUUCAUAUGUGCUAACUCCACAUACAGAAGAAAAAUAUAAAAAAAUUAAUGAGGAAUUUGAUAAUAUGAUGCGGAAUCAUAAAAUCGCACCUGGUUUGCCACCUCAGAACUUCUCAAUGUCUGUCACAGUCCCUGUGACCAGUCCUAAUGCUUUAUCCUACUCUAAUCCAGGGAGUUCACUUGUGUCGCCAUCUUUGGCAGCCAGCUCAACAUUAGCAGAUUCAAGCAUGCUAUCUCCACCUCCAGCUACAUUACAUAGAAAUGUAUCCCCAGGAGCUCCUCAGAGACCACCAAGUACUGGCAAUGCAAGUGGGAUGUUGAGCACUACAGACCUCACAGUGCCAAAUGGAGCUGGAAGCAGCCCAGUGGGGAAUGGAUUUCUAAACUCAAGAGCUUCUCCAAAUAUGAUUGGAAAUACUGGUGCAAAUAGUUUAGGCAAAGUCAUGCCUACAAAGUCUCCCCCUCCACCAGGUGGUGGCAAUCUUGGAAUGAAUAGUCGGAAACCAGAUCUUCGAGUUGUCAUCCCACCUUCAAGCAAGGGCAUGAUGCCUCCACUGUCGGAGGAAGAGGAAUUGGAGUUGAAUACCCAGAGGAUAAGCAGUUCUCAAGCCACUCAACCUCUUGCUACCCCAGUSGUGUCUGUGACAACCCCAAGCUUGCCUCCACAGGGACUUGUGUACUCAGCAAUGCCAACAGCCUACAACACUGAUUACUCACUGACCAGCGCAGAUCUGUCAGCCCUGCAAGGUUUCAACUCCCCUGGAAUGCUGUCUUUGGGGCAGGUGUCAGCCUGGCAGCAGCACCAUCUAGGACAAGCAGCCCUCAGCUCUCUUGUUGCUGGAGGGCAGUUAACUCAGGGUUCAAAUUUAUCCAUUAAUACCAACCAAAACAUCAACAUUAAAUCAGAACCGAUUUCACCUCCCCGGGACCGAAUGACCCCAUCAGGCUUCCAGCAGCAGCAGCCACCACAGCAGCAGCCACCACAACCCCCACAGCCCCAGCCCCGGCAGGAAAUGGGGCGCUCCCCUGUGGACAGUCUGAGCAGCUCAAGCAGCUCUUAUGAUGGCAGUGACCGAGAAGAUCCACGGGGUGACUUCCAUUCUCCAAUUGUGCUUGGCCGACCCCCAAACACUGAGGACAGAGAAAGCCCUUCUGUAAAGCGCAUGAGAAUGGAUGCUUGGGUGACCUAAGGCUUCCAGGCUCAUGCUUGUACUUUGUGUUACUGCAGUGAACUGCCCUACAUAUCUAAAUUGGUAAAUAAGGACAUGAGUUAAAUAUAUUUAUAUGUACAUACAUACAUAUAUAUUCCUUUGCAUAUAUAUGUAUGUGGGUGUGAGUGUGUGUAUGUGUGGGUGUGUGUUGCAUACACAGAAUCAGGCACUUAACCUGCAAACUCUUGUAGGUCUGCAAAUGUGUGUCCCAUGGCAGACAAAGCACCCUGUAGGCACAGACCAGUCUGGCAUUUCCUUGGACUACUUGUUUCGUAAGAUAACCAGUUUUUGCAAAGAAAUGUGUACCCAUAUAUAAUUCUCCCACACUAGCUUGCAGAAACCUAGAGGGCCCCCUACUUGUUUUAUUUAACUGUGCGGUGACUGUAGUUACUUCAGAAAAAAAUGCUUUGUAGAACAGAGCAGUAGAAAAGCAGGAACCAAGAAAGCAAUACUGUACAUAAAAUGCCAUUUAUAUUAAUUACCCAACYUGGCAUGGGUCUCUGUUGCAAAUGGGUGCAUGGGAAAGGGCUGUUGAUAUUAAAAAACAAACAAAAAAAAACACAAAAAAGCCCCCACACAUAACUGUUUUGCA